ACGGCAAGUGUGACUGUGUGAGGAGUUGAGGAGAAGAUGACUUGAGAGACUGAGUUCAUUUAAGAGGAGAGACACUUCUGUCGUGUCGGUCCUGAGUUCGAUUCUCCGUAAACUCCAGAAAUAUAUAUUUUAUAUGGAGAUUGCAGCGAGAGUGUACCUAUGGGGAAUAUUGAUGAUGAUGGUGGUGGGAGUAAAAGGAUGGACUGGUGAAAUCAAUGGGCGGGUUGUAUGCGAUGUUUGUGGAGAUGCUUCUAUUGGGCCUGAAGAUCAUGUUCUACAAGGUGCUGAAGUAGCUGUUCUUUGCAUAACAAAAUCAGGGGAAGUCCUAAAUUAUCAAGCGUUCACCAAUUCUAAGGGAAUAUACACUGUUGCAGAAACAAUGCCAGAAAGUGAUCGUUGGGAUGCAUGCCUGGCUAGACCUAUUAGUAGCUUCCAUGAACACUGCACACAGCUAGGAGUUGCUACUUCUGGUGUAAAGUUCAGUUACAGUCAUCCCUCAGGUUACUCUCACUCUGUUCGACCUUUUGUAUAUCGGCCUACCAGCAUUCCACUGUAUUGCACUUGAGUGUUAUUGAUAAACCCCUGAUAGAUAAAUACCUAUAAAAAGACAAGAGUGAAUGAUGCAACUGUAUGCAAUGUGUCGAUCCAUUCUAUAAUUUGAGAAAACAAAUUGCAGAGUAUAAGAUUUGAGUUCAUGUAUUAUGAACUUUUUUUUUUUUCUGUUGCAUUUGGCUAUGUGCCUGUUUCAUAGUUAAGCUAGCUGUAAGUUAUCAGCUUCACUAGGCAAAUGGGAUGUUUUAUCUAUUAAUGCACUGUUUAUUUCA